AUGAUUAUAACUGAGAAAGAUAAACUCGAUUCGAUAGCAUUUAAGGAUAAGAUGCAGACUGAUGCAAGGAUGUGUGAUUAUGCGAAGGAAGGUGAUGAAGACCCCAAAGAAUAUAUGCUCAUGGAAGUACGUGAUAGAUUAAUAGGAAAAGAAAUAAUUCGUCGAUAUGAUGAAGAACACGGAAUUUCCUCAUCGUGGCUCGAUACUGACGAGAAAUGGAAAAAAACGGUUAACAUACUCCAGGAAAAUGGAAU